GCAUGUGAGGCCGAGAAAAAACCCUAACCCUACUAAACCAAGCCAACGCCACCGGAGACAGAGAGAGGCAAGAGGAGGAGAUGGGUCGCGUUCGGACGAAGACCGUGAAGAAAUCUUCUCGGCAGGUGAUCGAGAGGUACUACUCACGGAUGACGCUGGACUUCCACACGAACAAGAAGAUCCUGGAGGAGGUGGCCAUCAUCCCCUCGAAGCGUCUCCGGAACAAGAUCGCCGGCUUCUCCACCCACCUCAUGCGCCGCAUCCAGCGCGGCCCUGUGCGCGGCAUCUCCCUCAAGCUUCAGGAGGAGGAGCGCGAGCGCCGCAUGGACUUCGUCCCCGACGAAUCCGCCAUCAAGGUCGACCACAUCGAGGUCGACAAGGAGACCAUCGAGAUGCUCGCAUCCCUCGGCAUGGCCGACCUCCCUGGCGUCGAGAAGCAGGCCGAUUCCCCCGCCAUCCCCGUCUACUCCGGCCGCCCUGGCGGGUACGGAGGCAGGAGGUCCUAAAUUUCCAAGUUUUGGUUUCUUCUAGAUCUAAAUUUAUGUUUUAGUGUAAAAGUCUUGGUCUUUCUUUCUUUUCCUUCUAUAUAGUUAUAUGUCGUUGAAAGUUUUGGACUUGGUUUAGAUAUUUGGAUUAAUGAUGGAGACUUGCUUACUGUUUUGUUUAAUAACUUCUGUUGGAUUUGGUCUUAUUUGGAAGUUUCAUUAUAUUUGUUGGAA